CUGCACAUGACACAGUGGUUCGGUCAUCAACAUCAACAAAAAAACCUGCUCCAACAUUUACCAUGCAGCUAUUUCUCGGCUAACAGACCAGUUGCCCUUGCUUCAUUUUUGAAGCAUGGGUAUAGCUGUGUGCUCUUGAGUCGACCUCAGGAUCGCUGAGUAUACGACCACUCAAGAGCAGUAAACUCAUGCCAACCACACCAGCAAACAGAUGGCUCCGAAGGCUGCCAAGAACAAGAACAAGCAAAAUGGAACUAAGCAGUCGCCGGUUGCUGCUGAAUCGGAAGGGCUCCCCGCUGGUACCACCGACUAUGCUCAACAGCAAAACGACGAGAUCGAAGUGCUUCGGUCCAUAUACAUGGACGAUUUUUGCGAAGUUGAGACAAAGACUGCCUGGGCCAACAAACAAUCUGAUAAAGCCUUCAAGUUGCGAUUAAGGCCUAUGAUGCAUUCCGACGUUGAGGUUGCCAUUACCCUUAGCGUUUGCUUGACUGCCACGUAUCCGAGGAGCUUGCCAACGCUAAAGUUUCUGGACGUAGUCAAUAUCAGGCCAUCAACGCUCGGAAAGCUUGAAGAAUUCAUCAAGAACAGGCCCAAACAACUGCUUGGAGAAGUCAUGAUUUACGAGCUUGCAUCUAGUAUUCAAGAUAUGCUUGAAGACGAAGCCCAAUUCAAAGCUCAAGGCAAUGCCAUGCCCAGCUUGGAAGAGCAAAGAGUUGCCCAGGAAGCUGCAACCACGCAAUUGGCCAAACAGCAAGAAGAGGAGGCCCGCCAACGCCAGCAACAAGCGCAGGCCGAAGAAGAUCGUAUGUUGCGGCGAAUGGUUGAAGACGAAAUGAAUAGACGGCGCGAACUUAGAAAGAAAAUGCGCCCUGUUUAUGCGACCCACUCUGUCGCGACUGGUAAUAGCAUCGCUACGGUUGAACUUGACCGUACCGUUUCCUAUCAGGCCGCGAACACGAGUCUUGAAUUCACAGCCGUCACUGCGCCGGUUCCACUAUCAGCUGGUCCACUUACGGAAGUCUCAACGGUGCAGCCUGUAAUCAGGGCAGAGGGUCCUGAGAAAUCAUGUCUUCUGGUCGUCAAGCAGUUAUCGCUUGAGUUCUCUUCAAACGUUGACAAGAAAAAAAUUCUUGCUCUUGAAGACGAAUUGGAAACGUUGCGAAAGAUCAACCACACAAACGUCGCGCAAAUCCUUGACUUUCGUGUCGAUUUUGGAGACAAGUGGUCGAUUAUGGUACUUAUGGAAUUCGCUCGAAAGGGUUCACUAGGCGAACAAUUGGUGAUGAUCGGGGCACUCCCACCUGCGCGUGUUAGAAUAUGGCUUGUUGAACUACUUGAAGCUCUGGAUCAUCUUCACAGGAAUGGUAUCGUGCAUAAGCGAAUACACCCGAACAAUGUUCUACUUGUGCAACCAUCUCAUACAUCUCCUUUACAGGUCCGGCUGGCAGAUGUGAGUUUUCAAGCAGCUCUUUACGACAUAAAAGCUGGUUGUACACAAAAACCUUCCGUCUCGUCAUUUUCAGCUUACUGGAAUCCGCCCGAGACCAACGACAAGACGCGCAAAACUGAUAUUUGGGAGCUUGGGAUCGUUUUCCUACAAAUGCUUUUCGGUCUCGAUACACCACGCAAAUACUCCAGCCCAAAUGCGUUGAUCGAAAAUCUUUCUCUCUCCAAUCCGUUGGAAGAUCUCAUUCGAAAGUUCUUCAGAACCGAUGCAAAGAGGCGUCCUACAGCAUUUGACCUUAUUCCGUCCGAGUUUCUCAGGACAGAUGCUGAAAUUUACGCAGAUGCCGUGUCGCCUGCGCAAAGCCGCCAUGGCUCAAUGAUACUCACGCAAGUUCCCUCCCAGCAAAGACUUCGACGUGGAUCGAGUGGCUACUUCGGUGCAAUGUACUCACGUUACGCCCAAGAGUGGAUUGAAAUCGGACGGUUGGGUAGAGGUGGUUUUGGCGAGGUUGUUAAAGCACGUAAUAAAAUGGACGGUGGCAUCUACGCUAUCAAAAAAAUCAAACAGAAAACAGGAUCAAAGUUAUCUGAAGUCCUGUCAGAAGUCAUGCUACUCUCGCGCCUCAAUCACCCCUACGUUGUUCGUUAUUACACAGCAUGGCCCGAAGAAGAUUUUUCAGAUAUUGCAAAUAGUGAAGACUCAGCAACAAUCGCGACGACAACAGAUGAUGGUAUAAACUCUACAGAGCAGAUUCACGGAAAUACGAGUAUAGACAUCGGGCAAAGCAGAACUGGCGAUCUUGACUUUAUCAGCAGCGGAUUCCCUAAGAUACAAUUUGGUGCUGAAUCUGAUGAUGACUCAGAAGAUGACUUCUUUGAACGGGACGACGACGCCAGUGCAGAAGAUAUAGGAGAAGAUUACCCAAAAAGUUCUAAUUCUUUUGCAGAUCGGGAUCCAUUAGCUUUGCGACGUACUUCAAGCUCUCGCAAUGUUAGAUCGGUGGCAUCGACACUGUACAUCCAAAUGGAGUAUUGUGAACGCCAGACGCUGAGAGAUUUGAUCAGGAAAGAAAUGGACGACGAAGAAAUAUGGCGGCUAUUCAGACAGAUUGUGGAAGGUCUGGUGCAUAUUCAUGGCCACGGAAUUAUACAUCGAGACUUAAAGCCGGAUAAUAUAUUCAUUGACCUUGCUGGAAAUCCCAAGAUUGGCGAUUUUGGGCUAGCCACCAGUGGUCAGUAUCAGCUGGCUGACAAAACGACAUCAUCUGGUCGGCAAACCGGUGGAGAUAUGACGCGAAGUAUUGGUACUACAUAUUAUGUUGCUCCUGAACUGCGCUCGAAUGCCUCUGGUGCCUACAAUGACAAAGUCGAUAUGUACUCGCUCGGUAUUAUUUUCUUUGAGAUGAAUGUACCACUCAAGACAGCAAUGGAGCGUGACAAGGCGAUUCGCAGUAUUCGAGAGAGAGAACACAAUCUUCCUUCAAUAUUGGAGACACCCGAGAAAGCCAUUCAAGGAUCAAUCAUAUUGUCACUGGUGAGCCACAAACCUAGCGAGCGCCCAUCGUCGUCUGAACUUCUUUCUUCUGGGAAAAUCCCGCUCAAGAUUGAGGAUGAAACCAUAAGGCGUGCUCUGGAAGGACUUUCCGAUCCAACCUCUCCGUAUUAUCAUCAGUUGAUGACAGCACUGUUUUCUCAGACCGCGAGUAAACAAAUCAAAGACUAUACGUGGGACCUUGGCACAAUGACAGGUAUGCACGACGCAAAUGAAAAUAUGCUGCUUAUGCGAAACUUGGUGAAAGAUCAUUUAAUCAGUAUUUUUCAACGCCACGGUGCUGUAGAGACGCAACGCCAGCAGAUUCUGCCUCGUUCAGCACAUUAUGCGAACAACAAUGUUGUACAGCUUCUUGACGCCUCGGGAACACUUGUUCAGCUACCAUAUGAUCUCAUAUUGCCUCAUGCAAGAGCAAUCGCUCGCAAAUAUCCUGCUACGGACAAGAGCUUUGCCUUUGGGAAUGUCUUUCGCGAAACAGUCAUUGGUGGUGCUCCUCAGACUAGCGGGGAGGUAGAUUUCGACAUCGUCUCGCAUGAUGCGCUGGAUUUGGCCCUGAAGGAAGCUGAAGUUAUCAAAGUGCUCGAUGAGAUCCUCGAGGAGUUUCCCGGAAUUGCUGUAGCACCAAUGUGCUUUCAUCUUAAUCAUGCGGACCUGUUGGAGCUCAUCAUGGAUUUCUGCCGAAUUAGCAUUCCCCAAAGACAGGCAGUCAAGGAACAAAUUAGCAAAUUGAACAUUCUGGAUUUUGACUGGGUCAAGAUUCGCAACGAACUUCGUUCGCCUGCUCUGGCUGUGUCAUCAACCUCUUUAGACAGUAUGUCCAGGUUUGAUUUUCGAGACACGCCCGACAAGGCCAUCUCUAAAAUCAAUGCGAUUUUCGAAGGAACGGUUUAUGCCGAUCGAGCAAAGGCGUCCCUAAAACACAUCCGUGAUGUCGUCGGCUAUCUGCAGGACUUUGGAGUACGUCACAAAAUAUUCAUAAGCCCUCUCAGCGCGAUAAAUGAAAAGUUCUACUCCGGCGGUCUCCUAUUCCAAUGUUUGUUCGAUAGGAAAAAACGAGCAGUUCUUGCCGCCGGCGGACGUUAUGACAGACUGAUCGAGGAACACAAGCCCAAAGUCCAAGGCAUGUUUACAGGAUGUCAUGCUGUAGGCUUCAACCUCAGCUGGGAUCGACUGGUUGUGGCGAUGGACAAGCUUCUUAACAGCAAAUCUAAAGCUACAUCGUUCCUAAAGAGAGACAAAGCGCCUGAGCUGACGACCGCAUGGAAGACAAGGCGUUGCGAUGUUCUUGUUGCAGCCUUCGACGAUGUAGUACUUCGUACUGCUGGACUUCGAGUUCUAUCCGAGCUCUGGGCCAAUAAUAUAAGCGCCGAGCUUGCAACAAAUGCACACACUCUCGAAGAGAUCAUGAGCAAGCACCGGGAUGACAGUCACGGCUGGAUUGUCAUCAUCAAGCCCGACAGCGUCGCAGGUGGGCGACCGGACCUGCGGGUUCGAACGGCUGCCACGCGGGAGGACAUAGAAGUUAAGGCCGAGAAUUUAGUCUCACAUCUCCUGUCUGAACUUCGAGAACGCGAUAGUGCCGAAGGAAAGGGCAGGUAUCACCGUCGCCAACUGGCGCAUGCUAGUGAACAGCUCACCACGACAUCUAAUCGACGACAGAAUGUUCAAGUUCUGGUUUCGCAGCAUCGCAGCAAGAAAUCCAACAAGUGGAACAUAAUCGAAGCUGUACAGUCGCGUGCACAGGAAUUGCUUUCAUCCUAUAGCAAUUCACCGAUUGCUGCGGUUGAGACUCGUGAUGACAUCCUAGAGAUGGUACGCGCAACAAGACUUAGUGAUCCAGAAAGCUGGAGGAAGGUGGUGCAUAGUGUGCCAGUCAACGAGAGAGACUACGUGCAGCAAAUUCACCAACUUUUGGAUGGUUUCAGAAGAGAGUGGCAGGAAAAUACUUUAGAGAAGAGCCGAACUGCUUUUUUGAGCAACUUUAGAACUGGUUAUGUGAUGCUGUAUGACCUUGGAUUGUGACUACAGAAGGAGGCAAGGGUGAGUUUUCAUUUCACAAGUAUUAGUUAGAGUCGGCAAUCGAUGUGCAUAAACUUAAGAGAAAAAGAAAAAGAAGAGUACAAUUUUGUUGUAUUCGCGGUGAAAAUAUUAUGCAC